UAUUACUAUUAUUAUUAUUAUCACUAUUAUUAUUAUUAUUAUUAUUAUUAUUACUAUUAUUAUUAUUUUUAUUAUUAUUAUUGUUUUGAAGUGGACGGGGGUGGGAGAGCGGAUGGCCGGACGAGCGCGCGCGCGCGCUUAGGAAAACACACACAAGAAAACAGAUAACGCGUCGAUGUGCCAAGGUUGAUGAACUAGGUCAUUGAGCGUUUUGGUCUUACGCACCCGAACACGUCUCGCGCGUCGAAAACGAAAAACGAUCGAUGGAAAUCACAGAUUUUUUUUCCCUUCUGUGUUGCGGUAAACCGAAGCGGCGGCGGCGGCGACGUCGGUGGCUGCGUCUUCGGCGGGCCCGACGACAAACGGUCCGAAAACCGCGGUUCGGUCUUCGUUCAUUGGUUGUUGUCCGUGUUCACUGUUUGGCCGUUCGACCCUCAACGAUCGCUUCGCAUAUUUUUAUUUCGGUCAUUAUUAGCCACGUGGUUAGCGGUCGGCCAAACGAAAUCUCGACGGUCAAUAACGUAUUAAUAACGUGUCCGACAUGGCAGUCGGCGACGGAGACCAGGUAAACUAUGCUCACUACACCGAUCGGCUGAAGAAGCCUGACGUGCUGUCCGAGCUGAAGUCUGCCGACAACAAGUUCUUGUUCGCGCGCGCACUGCUCAUAGAACACGGCAUGUUGCCCACGACAUUGGAUCGUCCUGCCGACAGCGGCGGUGUGCGUCCAGUCACCGAACAAUGGAAGACGGAUUUUGAGCAUGGGCUCGUGCUUUCCGGGACUGGGCAGUAUAAGGAAGCCGCUAAGCAGUUUUCUCGGUCCAUGGUCGACGGCGAGCCGGGAACCGAUAACCACGCGCUAGCCAUGACUAACCGGGCAGUGGCGCUUUACCACUUGGGCCAGUUCACCCGAAGCUUGAUGGACGUGCGCCAGGCCUUAAAGUCCAAGUACCCGCCCGAGAUGGGGCCCGAAUUGUAUAAGUUUGCCGGAAAGUUAUACAAAACAUUGGGCCGCCGCAAGGAGGCUGAGCAGAGCUACGCUGAGUGCUUGCGAAGGUUGGACGAGUCGGGCAUGACCGCUGAAGCGAAACGAAAGUUCAGGCUAGAGGUCGCCGUCGCCGUGGACAAGUGCAAGGACUGCAAUCAUGCCGAAUCGGACUUGGACAUUUCGGACGAUUCGGACUUGGAAAACCCGUUUCUCAACAAGCUGGUGGGUGGCAAAAACAAGAACAUUCCGGCGCUCUCGGCCUUUUUGGAACUCAAAUCGUCCAAAAAUAUGGGACGAGGUGUUUAUGCCACUCGCGACAUAAACCCUGGAGAUGUUGUGGCCAUAGAUGAACCUUACAUUUACGGGGGAUUGCUAUUACAUAAAUCUUGUUGUCAUAAUUGCCAGAAAUCGCCAAUAGCUCCUAUACCGUGUAGAAGAUGUUCAUUGGUUUAUUACUGCAGUGAAAAUUGUUUACAUAAAUCAAUGAAAGAUGGACACAAUUUGGAAUGUCCAAUUAUUUUUUUCGUCAGAUCAUUGCCAGGAAUAACUGAUUUAUAUCAACUUGCUUUGAAGUGGUUGUUAAAAGACGUAUCAAAAAUGGGUUUGAAAAAAUUUUGUUUGUUGGUAGAUACAUUUUCUAAAUCUAAAAUAGAUCCUAAGACAAGGGGUUUUAAUGAGAAUGGGCAAUAUAAGUCGGAUAAUUUUUUAACGGCCUAUUCUUUGGAUAGCAGUGAAGAAGAAAUGCCAAUAGAUGUAUUGUUUUUUUUUAACUGUAUUGCUGCUGAAAUGUUACAGUAUUUGAUGUUAAGUGGAUUCAAAAUUGAAGAAUGCUAUUUAGGUAUUGUAGGUACUUCUUUGGUACGCAUCCUAAGUGUUUUAGAUUUAAACGCUAGAAAAAUAAAUACCAAUGCCCCAAACAUGGCGUCUCUAAAAGGUCAAUUAUUACAAAAUUAUUACUAUUUGACUUUUCCAAUGGCAAUAGCUUUGUAUCCAAGUCUUGCUUUAUUCAACCAUUCUUGUGAUCCAAAUAUAGAACGAAGUGGAAAAUUAUCUACAAAAACAAGAGUGAUUAAAGCAAUUCAACCGAUUCUCAAAGGAAAUCAGUUAUUCUUUAACUAUGGAAGGUCAAUAUUGUUUGAUAAGAUGAAAAAAGAAAAACGACAAGAGAUUUGCCGGGAUAAUUUCAAGUUUGAAUGCUGCUGCCAGCCUUGCAUAGAAAACUGGCCCCAAUAUGAUUCCAUACCAAAUGGUCUUUCUGCAAAAAAUAUCUUAAAUCCUAGUAUGGCAGAUACUGUGAUCAAGGAGUGCAAGCUAUUUGAGGAAUUUAUAGAAAAAGUGGGCUAUGAUGAGUUUCAUCUUCAUUUAAAUUAUCUUUAUGGCUUUAUUAAGCUAUUAUUUACUAAUGUAAAACGACCAUUUGGAUUGUAUCAUAAGUGUCUUCGCAUAAUAAUCCAUGUACAUACAGAACUCAAACAUCCAAUUAUAUUUUGAUCAUAACAAUUAUUAAAAUGUAUAUGAUUUUUAGUUUAUAUUAUCAUAAGUUUUUUUUUCAUUAUUAUAACAGUAUACAUUUUUAUUUAAUAAUUUUAAUUUUUUAACUAUAACAAGGUAAUUUUUUAUUUUUUUUAACUAUAACAAGGUAAUUUUUUAUUUUUUUUAACUAUAACAAGAUAAUGUUUUUAUUUUUUAAUCAUAAGAUAAUUUUUUUAUUAAAUACUAGAAACCCAUAUUAUUAAAAGUAUUAUACUCAAAGAAAAAAAAUAAUUUUUUUUUUUUUUUUUUAAACUUUAUUUUAAAACAUACAAUCUGUAAUUUAAAUUUAUAAUAAGCAUGUAUGCGGAUAUACAUUAAUUAAUUUGACAUGCGACGCGUGAAAAAAGAAGCCACCCAAUAGCAACACUUUAUAACUGAAGUUUCAUAAUUAUUUACGUGUUUUAUAUUAUAUUCAUCUUGACUUUUAGUAUGUCUAAAUUUGUAUUACUCUAUGAUAGCAAAUACUGUAUUUUAAGUAAUUUGGCAUAAUGUUUGCACAUUAAAAAUAGUCAGAAAAAACAAAACAUUAAACUUAUGAUUAAAAAGAAUUACAUUUGUGCCAAAUUUAAAAUAAAUUGGCGAGGUUAGGCAAUCCCUAAUCUUUAGUGUUCUAAUACAUUUAGGGAAAUAUUUUUAUCAGAAUAAUUAAGAAGAUACUAGCCUUUUAGUAUUAAAAGUAAACCCAACUAGUGGCAUACUUAUAAGCAGUAUAAAAUAGUUUUUUGCAUCAUGCUUACUUGAUUCUAGUUACACAUUGUACAAGUCUUUCUUUAUUAUAAUUAUUUCAAAUAACUUAAUUUAUUAUUAUGCAGAGGACAAAUAUCAAGUAAUGUGGUAGGUGUUUAAUUUUUUUUUUUUUAUAUAGUAUAAAGCAUGGUGUUAUUGGCACCAAGUAAUUUUGUUUUUCGAAUAUAAAAUGUUUGAUUAUGAAUUUUAGGGAUAUUUUUUUUCGAUUAUUCGGUCAUACUGUUACUGUUUUAUUUUCAAUCUUGAUGUUAUCAUAUUAUUUAUUUGAUAAUUUGCUCUUCGAUUUCGUAAUGGAGCAGGUAAUGUGCCAAUAACUACCAAAAACGAAUUCUUAAGGUGCCAAUAACUGCAUACUUUACCCUAUGUUGAUUUAUUACAUACUAACCAUGCGUUUCAAGAACAUAUAUGAUUAGGGAAUUAUGGUAUAGUUGAAGUUAUUUUUCAGAAGCUAUGACUACCAAAGAUAUUUUUGAUUCUUUAGGAGUAUAUUUAUUAUUUUUGUAUGAUGACAUUUCUAUAUCCUACUCAAUGCCAAUGAAACAAUACACACUAGUAUAUUAUCAACUUGAAAUUAUGAUAUAGUACAACCAUAAUAAAUCAUGUUGACAAAUAUAUACCAAUUAACUAAAACUCUAAAAUUUAAAUGUGUUAGAGAAGAGAAAAUAUUCAAACUAAAUGGAUUAUUAAUUGAACAUAUUUUUUUUCCUAAAAAUAAUAUUAGAUUAAAA